CUAAAACGAUCACAUCACAUGACUGGAACAUUCUGCCUCAUGACAGUGAAUCUGCUGCCAGACACUGAACAAACAUCGUAACUCCGUUUAUAACUGACAGACACUCAUAUACGCGCUGGUCGUCUUCAGUACGCAAGGUUUAGUACGUAGUGUUUGGAGUGCUCGGAGUUUGACGCUUUUCCUGACGGACGUCAGUAGUACAGACAGACUGAGGCACGAUGGUCAAACGGUGUUUCGCUGCAGGUGUCUGCUGGACUCUACUGAUGGGGUGUGUGUUUGCGGCUCAUGCUGUGACGUUUGAGGUGACUGAUGGAAACUCCACCUGCAUUAAAGCAGAACUCAGCGCCUCCUUCAGCAUCUCCUACAACGCCGCCAAUGGAACGUGUUGUCUCAUCGUUGUUUUGGAUGAGUGUCUGCUCACAGGUGUUUCUCUCGCAGGAAUUGUGUCGGUGAUGACGAACGCGUCGGAUAUCUCGGCGAGGCUGAACAGCACUUACAGGUGUCUGAGCUCCAUGUCCGUCAGUCUGAGCACCGAGGUCAACGUCACCUUCUCAGAUGUUCGCAUGGAGGCGUACAUGAACGGAGCAAACCUCAGCACAAACGAGAGUGUUUGCAGUGCUGAUCAGACGGUUACGACCGCUGCUCCGACUCCAUCACCCAGAACCACUGUUGCCCCGUCACCCGUCCCACUGCCCGCACCGGAGCAUGGAAACUACACCAUUACCGACGGCAAUGGCACUGCCUGUCUGUUGGCACUCAUGGGGCUGCAGCUCAACAUUACGCACCACUCAAAGUCUCUGAACAAGACCGUCAGUAAAGUCAUGAACCUGCAGCCCAACAGAACCACAGCCUCGGGAUCAUGUGGGGUCCCCAGGGCCACGCUGAUGCUGUCUGAGGAUCUCACCAACCUCACCUUCGCCUUCACACUGAACCUGACCACACAGAAGUUUUUUCUGAGUGCUGUGAAUGUCUCUGCCUUCUGGCCUGACAUGACAGAUUGGUUUGUGGAGGGAAACGGCUCUCUGAACUUCCUGCAGUGCAGCGUGGGCCGCUCGUACAUGUGCAGUGUGGAGCAGAUGCUUGCUGUGGUGCCCACCUUCUCCAUCAACACCUUCAGACUGCAACUGCAGCCUUUCAACGUCACUGCAAACCGCUUUGCUGCAGCGGAGGAGUGUCGUGUGGAUCAGGAGAACAUGCUCAUCCCUAUCAUCGUGGGAGCGGCUCUGGCCGGUCUGGUGCUGAUCGUCCUCAUCGCGUAUCUGAUUGGCAGGAAGAGGACACACGCCGGAUACCAGACCAUCUGAUUGUCUUCAUCAUCAUCAUCAUUCUCCUUCUGCACUGUGAUCAACUGCAGCUGGACGCACUGGAGUGAGAGUGAGUGUUUGCUGUAAGGUCAGAGGUCAGCUGCAGCGGUCACUUGUAUGUGUGUGUGUGUGUGUGUGUGUCUUUGUGCUGCGAGGUCAGCUGCUGUGGUCACAGGUGUAUGUGUGUAC